AAUGAAUAAACAAAAAAUAGUGGUGUUUUUCAACAGGAAAUGGUAGAAAAUAGGAAGUAAUGUUUAAAUGGCUGCUGCUUGUAAAAUACUGAAAUUUGCUAUUCCCCUUUCUCCAGGUUGAGGAUGCUCAAGUCUAUGAAGCACCGAUCCGGAUUGCAGAUUCAAUUGCCAGACCAUUUGUGUAUAGUUUAAUGACUUCAUCAGCUACAACAUUUGCUUUUUAGGUCCAUGUGCACAGAGACUUUAUGUGCACAGAGACUUUAGUAAUCGUAGCUGUAUCAUCGCCGCAGCGGCGAACGAGGGAGAUGAUCGCAGUGCUCGUUCAUCCUUCAUCCAUCGCCAUUCCUGGAGCAGAUCCAAUGGUGUGGAAGCUUCCUCUGCCACCGUGGCAGAGGAUCAAUCUCAGCCACCUCUGGAUUGGGGUGAAGCUUUGAGGAUAUAUGAUGAUGCUUAUCAUGUUCUAAGGACAUAGUUUGUACUUCAACAAGAUUGCCUCCAAUUCAAUGUGUAGUUGAGAUCAAGAUCAUUGAUAAGCAACUAAACUUUAAUUGGCAAGCAAUGGCAAUGGCUGCUGCCUCACUGGCUUAUGGUUCUGAAAAGAAAAACAAUGAAACUACCCUGGUGUUUGACAUUGGAGGUGGAACUUUUGAUGUAUCUGUUAUUGAGGUGGGUGAUGGCGUGUUUGAGAUGUUGUCUACUUCUGGAGAUACUCAUCUUGGUGGUGAUGAUUUUGAUAAGAGAAUUGGUGAUUGGCUAGCAUCAAAUUUCAAGAAGGAUGAAGGUAUAGACCUUCUAAAGCUUUUGCUGAAGCUAAAUGCCCAACAAGAGUUAUUGGAGUUCCGGUCACAUUAAAUGAAGAUCUAAAGAAUCAGUUUGUCUCUCUCACUCCCAUUCUAAGCUGACAUACAAACUUGCAUGCUCCAGCUUACCGGGGUGUUGGAGGAUAUACGUACAUAAUAAUAUUGAGGGUAUUAAUGACUUUGCAUAUAGUAUAGAUCCCUGUGUAUAAAAGGCCAUAUGCCUUCACUGUAAUGAUCAGAGUUCUUCAUUCAUUCUCUAAACCUU